GGGCCGCUGGGCAGUGGCGGCAUGAAGGUCAAGUCGCUCAACGGGCGCCAGCUGCUCAAGAUGCUCCGCAAGGAGGCGGCGGCGCGCUGCGUGGUGCUCGACUGCCGGCCCUACCUGGCCUUCGCCGCCUCGAGCGUGCGCGGCUCGCUCAAUGUCAACCUCAACUCGGUGGUGCUGCGGCGGGCCCGGGGCGGCGCGGUGUCGGCGCGCUACGUGCUGCCCGACGAGGCGGCUCGCGCGCGGCUGCUGCAGGAAGGCGGCGGCGGCGUGGCGGCAGUGGUAGUGCUGGACCAGGGCAGCCGCCACUGGCAGAAGCUGCGGGAGGAGAGCGCCGCACGCGUAGUGCUCAACUCGCUGCUGGCCUGCCUGCCCGCGGGCCCGCGGGUCUACUUCCUCAAAGGGGGAUAUGAGACCUUCUAUUCGGAAUAUCCUGAGUGUUGUGUAGACGUAAAACCCRUUUCACAAGAGAAGAUCGAAAGCGAGAGAGCCCUCAUCAGCCAGUGUGGGAAACCAGUGCUAAGCRUCAACUACAGGCCAGCUUAUGACCAGGGCAGCCCUGUGGAAAUCCUUCCCUUCCUCUACCUUGGAAGUGCCUACCAUGCAUCCAAGUGCGAGUUCCUAGCYAACCUGCACAUCACAGCCCUGCUGAAUGUCUCCCGGCGGACCUCCGAGGCCUGCACGACCCACCUACACUACAAAUGGAUCCCAGUGGAAGACAGCCACACGGCCGACAUCAGCUCCCACUUUCAAGAAGCAAUAGACUUCAUUGACUGUGUCAGGGAAAAGGGAGGCAAGGUCCUGGUCCACUGUGAGGCUGGGGUUUCCCGGUCRCCCACCAUCUGCAUGGCUUACCUCAUGAAGACCAAGCAGUUCYGCCUGAAGGAGGCCUUCGAUUACAUCAAGCAGCGGAGGAGUGUGAUCUCACCCAACUUCGGCUUCAUGGGCCAGCUCCUGCAGUAUGAAUCUGAGAUCCUGCCUUCCACGCCCAACCUGCAGCCUCUCUCCUGCCAAGGGGAGGCAGCAGGCUCCCCAUUUAUAGACCAUUUGCAGACACUGARCCCUGACGUGCAGGGCACCUACUGCACAUUCCCUACCUCGGUGCUGGCUCCAGUGCCCACCCACUCAACCGUUGCAGAGCUCCACAGGGGCCCUGUGGCCACCGCCACAUCCUGCUAA